AUGUUCUGCCUUACUCAAUACGGGUCCUGUUGGAAGCUGCUGUGCGAAAUUGUGAUGGCUUUUUAAUGAAAAGGGAAGAUGUUAUGAACAUUUUAGACUGGAAAACCAAACAAAACAAUGUUGAAGUGCCCUUUUUCCCUGCCCGUGUUCUUCUUCAAGAUUUUACAGGAAUACCGGCAAUGGUGGAUUUUGCUGCUAUGAGGGAGGCAGUGAAAACUCUUGGAGGUGACCCUAAGAAAGUCCAUCCUGCCUGUCCGACAGAUCUCACGGUUGAUCAUUCUUUACAAAUUGACUUCAACAAAUGUGCAAUACAGAAUGCUCCAAAUCCUGGAGGUGGUGACCUACAGAAAGCAGGAAAGCUUUCUCCACUUAGAGCGCAGCCUAAGAAGCUUCCCUGCAGAGGCCAGACUACCUGCCGAGGAUCGUGUGAUUCUGGAGAACUAGGCCGAAACUCAGGAAGAUUUUCUUCGCAGAUUGAAAAUACACCCAUUCUAUGUCCUUUUCAUUUGCAACCAGUGCCUGAACCUGAAACAGUAUUAAAAAAUCAAGAAGUAGAAUUUGGCAGAAAUCGAGAGAGGCUUCAAUUUUUCAAGUGGAGUUCAAGAGUUUUUAAGAAUGUGGCUGUAAUCCCUCCUGGAACUGGAAUGGCUCAUCAAGUAAACUUAGAGUAUUUGUCAAGAGUGGUUUUUGAAGAAAAGGACCUCCUCUUUCCGGACAGUGUCGUUGGCACAGAUUCUCAUAUAACCAUGGUGAAUGGUUUGGGGAUUCUGGGGUGGGGGGUUGGAGGUAUUGAAACAGAAGCAGUUAUGCUUGGUCUGCCAGCUUCUCUUACUUUACCAGAGGUGGUUGGAUGUGAAUUAACUGGCUCAUCGAAUCCUUUUGUUACAUCCAUAGAUGUUGUUCUUGGCAUUACAAAGCACCUCAGGCAAGUAGGAGUGGCUGGAAAGUUUGUUGAGUUUUUUGGAAGUGGAGUUUCACAGUUAUCUAUAGUAGAUCGAACUACAAUAGCAAACAUGUGUCCAGAAUAUGGUGCUAUCCUCAGCUUUUUCCCUGUUGACAAUGUGACAUUAAAACAUUUAGAACAUACAGGUUUUGACAAAGCCAAACUCAAGUCAAUGGAAACAUACCUUAAAGCUGUGAAAUUGUUUCGAAAUGACCAGGAUAAUUCAAGAGAACCUGAGUAUUCCCAGGUGAUCCAGAUUAAUCUGAAUUCAAUAGUUCCAUCUGUCAGUGGUCCAAAAAGACCUCAGGAUAGAGUUGCUUUGACCGAUAUGAAAAGUGAUUUCCAAGCUUGCUUAAAUGAAAAGGUUGGAUUUAAAGGCUUCCAAAUUGCAGCUGAAAAGCAAAAUGAUAUCGUCUCUAUUCAUUAUGAAGGAAGUGAAUAUAAGCUGUCUCAUGGAUCUGUGGUCAUUGCUGCCGUUAUCAGUUGUACCAAUAAUUGCAAUCCAUCUGUCAUGCUCGCUGCAGGUCUUUUGGCUAAAAAAGCUGUUGAAGCUGGUCUGCAUGUUAAACCUUAUAUAAGAACAAGUUUAUCUCCAGGCAGUGGGAUGGUUACACAUUACCUCAGUUCAAGUGGAGUAUUACCAUAUCUUAGUAAGCUCGGAUUUGAAAUAGUUGGCUAUGGAUGUUCAACAUGUGUGGGAAAUACAGCACCCUUAUCAGAAGCAGUUUUAAAUGCAGUAAAACAGGGUGAUUUGGUUACUUGUGGAGUUUUAUCUGGAAAUAAAAAUUUUGAAGGUCGUCUUUGUGAUUGUGUUCGUGCCAAUUAUCUUGCCUCUCCACCCUUAGUGGUAGCUUAUGCCAUAGCAGGCACAGUGAAUAUAGAUUUCCAGACAGAGCCUUUAGGUACUGACGCUACUGGCAGGAAUAUUUACCUACAUGAUAUUUGGCCUAGUCGAGAAGAAGUUCAUCAGAUAGAGGAAGAACAUGUUGUAUUAUCCAUGUUUAAAGCAUUAAAAGAGAAGACAGAGAUGGGAAAUAAACGGUGGAAUUCUUUAGAAGUACCAGAUUCAGUUUUGUUUCCAUGGGAUUUAAAGUCUACUUAUAUCAGAUGUCCUUCAUUUUUUGAUAAGCUUACCAAAGAGCCAGUUGCACUCCAGCCUAUUGAAAAUGCCCAUGUCUUAUUAUAUCUGGGAGACUCUGUCACGACAGAUCAUAUAUCACCUGCUGGAAGCAUUGCUAGGAGUAGUCCUGCUGCUAAGUAUUUGACAAACAGAGGCCUUACCCCUCGUGAAUUCAACUCUUAUGGAGCCCGAAGAGGAAAUGAUGCUGUGAUGACAAGAGGCACUUUUGCAAAUAUCAAGCUUUUUAAUAAGUUCAUUGGGAAACCAGCUCCCAAAACAGUUCAUUUUCCAUCAGGACAGACGCUAGAUGUGUUUGAGGCUGCAGAGCUGUACCAGAAGGAAGGUAUCCCACUGAUUAUUUUAGCAGGGAAGAAAUAUGGUUCAGGAAAUUCAAGAGAUUGGGCUGCCAAAGGACCAUACUUGCUGGGUGUGAAAGCUGUUUUGGCUGAAAGUUAUGAAAAAAUUCACAAAGAUCAUUUGAUUGGAAUUGGCAUAGCUCCACUUCAGUUCCUUCCAGGAGAAAAUGCAGAUUCUUUGGGCCUCUCUGGCAGAGAAACAUUUUCUUUAACAUUUCCUGAAGAACUGUCUCCUGGAGUUACAUUAAAUAUAAAGACAAGCACUGGAAAAGUAUUCAGCGUGAUUGCUUCCUUUGAAAAUGAUGUGGAAAUAACAUUGUUCAAACAUGGAGGAUUAUUAAACUUUGUGGCACGAAAAUUCUCAUAGUAUCUCCUCACCAUGGAUACCUUUCAUAACUGGUAACUGCAAACAAAGCCUUUUGUGCUGGACCCAGGAAUCCUUACCAUGGAGCUGCAGAUAGUCCCAGUAUGCUCACUUAUCUCAUCCAUGGAUGUAAAUGAUUAUGAAUCAACGUAGUGACUGAAAUGAAAUCUUCUUGAUUUUAAAUAAUAUACGAAUGGUGCUAUUAACAUUGCUAAAAUCAGCGUGUGAAGUGUGUUGUGGAAGAGGCCUGUAAGUAUGGGGGGAUAUUUUAUCAGACCAUUUUGUAAAUAAAGGCAGAAUUUGAACUUGUGUUAAAGGUUCUUAUAUGAGUAACCUUCCUGAAGUCUUUGUUUUGUUUUGCACCUAUAAAACUGUAUACUACUGUUUGUUGGUUUAAGAGUAGCAGAUUGAAAUAUAACAAGCCAGAUAACUUUAAAAUUGUGGAAGGUGAAAUCUGAUUUAUAAGUGGAUUUUCAGAUAUAUUCGUUCCUUUUCAGAACUGAGUUGCACAUAGUUGUCAUUCUUAGUUUGUAAUAUAAGCCAGGGUUAUCCUAAGUCUCAGUCUAACUGCAAGGGAUAGAACCUGCCCCAUACACAGUCAUUCUGUCCAAUCCAGCCAAGGUUUCCUCCACAUCAGAAGGUGGACUGUUACAGAAUACAAUUGAUUGCGUAGCACCAUGUAUUGGCAGUGAAAAUACGUAUCACAUAUGCAGCCCUUAAUUUUUCAGUAAUUUGCUACUGUGACCCUGGCAAGCCUCAGAUGGCAUUAUAGUAAUUGGAUUAUUUUGCUCACUCUGUGUGAUACUGUAACUUCCUAUAACCUAAUAUUUUAGGUAUUAUUAACUAAAAUUCCACACUCAUUUAUGGUUGCUAAAGAGAACUUUUAUUUAAUCAUUAAACGCCAACAUGAUUUCCUCUAGAUUUUUAAAUUAUCCUCCCUAAAUUAUAUGGUUGCUCAACCCUAAACAUUUUUUAAAUGUUGGUUACUUCUUAAUUAUUUAAAUCGAUUUCCUGUCAUUUUGAAUCAUUUUACCUGGGAUGCAUGAUACUAUUAUGUAUGCUUUUGCUAACCGUCAGGAUAAAACACUUAAGUUAUUGCUGUCUGAAUACUGUAUUUUCUCUGUUUGCAUGUCUGUUUAUCACAUCAAAUGUUAUGUCAACAAGAAGUUUGUCAACUUUUAAGAAAAAGGUUGGAUAAUUAAUUCCAAAAAGUCCUAUACCUUUUUUUUUAAAUGAAGAAAUUAAACUUAGCAGGCAGAAGGUUAAUUGUAGUGAUUUUUUUUCCCACAUGGAGAUCAUCAUAUGACCUAGUUAAGUUACUGCAAUUCAGAAUUAGCUCACAUUGCACAGAAUAAAGAAUUGUUUUAAGCUAAAAUGCUGAAAUUACCAAACCAGUGGGUGAAGACCACUGAGAACUUUGCACAUAAUCAAAUCAUACAAUCUUUCGAAAAUAUUCUGCAAAUAUGUGUUUAGACAAUUAGAUGGACUAGAGUUUGGCAAAAUGAUUUCCCUUUUAUUUAAAUUUUUUAUAAAUAUUUUCUUUGAUACUUUCAAAUCACAUUGUGUUCUUGAUAUUUUAUAAUGCUGUGUAUUUGUCAGUGCAUAUGUUUUUAAUUUACAUGAAAACAUGAAUUAGGGAUGGAGAAUUUACAAGUUGAACAUUAAAAUAUCUGUUACAGGCUUUGAAGAAAUGAUAAUCCAGAUUGCUAUGUGUGGGGAAAACAUCUGUUUUAUUUUUAAGCCAUACUGUAUUAUAAUAUGUAACCUACGGGCAGAGGCCUGGGCAUCAUCAUAAACAGCACAUCUAGGAGAUGAAGAGAUGAUAAAGCUAGCCAGCUAUGAAUUAAGCAUUUAUAUUUCCAGUCUACCUAGUCCAGUAAUAAUACAAGCAGAUCUUGUAUUUCAGGAACAAAAUCAAGGUUCUCUUAAUCUCUUGCUUAUAUACAAUGAACCAAAAAGCUUGGUAAGCAAUGCCUAUCAAUUUGUGAGGAGAGUCAUGGAUGUAUGUCCCAGAGCACACCUAUAUUUCUGCCUCCAGCCAAAUUCUCUGUUUGCAAAAAUGUGGCCCCUGUUGCUUUUUAUUGUUUUACUUAUCUCCUUUGUUGAAUAUAUCUGGAUAAUUUUGUGUUCUAAAAAAAAAUACACAAAUAUUGUGGCAGGAAGUAUAGUAGGCCCCUUAGAGAAGCAAAUUAGUGUUGUGAAUUUAAAAGUACAAUUUCAGGGCUUCCCUGGUGCCGCAGUGGUUGAGAGUCCGCCUGCCGAUGCAGGGGACACGGGUUCGUGCCCUGGUCCGGGAAGAUCCCACAUGCCGCGGAGCGGCUGGGCCCGUGAGCCAUGGCCGCUGAGCCUGCGCGUCCGGAGCCUGUGCUCCGCAACGGGAGAGGCCACAACAGUGAGAGGCCCUGAGAGGCCCGCGUACCGCCAAAAAAAAAAAAAAAGUACAAUUUCAAAGGUCAUUAUCAACAGCAGCAUUUUUGUUAUAUUUUAAGAAGCAUUAUGCUACAUACCAUUGCCAUAUUUCAUGCCUUUGGGUUGCUAAUCGCUGAAAAUGUCAUCCAGUCACUGAAUUGCCAUUAGUAUACCUAAAAAGUUUCCAAGAUGACAGUUGUUACUUCCUGUUUUAUCUCCAAGCUGACAUUUGAAUGAGAGGUAUUAGACUCCCUUUAGCUAAAUUGCUCAGUUUUUCACUGGGAAUCAAACUUCAGUGGUACUAAAGGACAAAAAGUACAGCUAAGACCUAAAUCAGAAUUCUGGUUGUUUGCAUAUAUGGUAACAGUGUUGUGUGCAUUCGCCUUCUCAGUGUUGAGUGAGAGGAUGAGGAGAAAUUAUUUGACUGACAUUUUUCUGUGGUUGAAUUAAAAGACACCUUUCUUUUGCCUUUAGGUUUAGGAGAAAGUGCUAAGAUACUGGAUGUUGACCCUAUCUUAGUUUGAUUUGGAGUUAUAAAAGAGAGGGGAAGGAGGUGGACUUAGUCUUCUUUAGUGACUUUUCCCCUAAAGUGUGAUAGUGCUGAUGUUUCUAUCAAUUUUACACAUAGUAUGUAAUUAUGAAACCAUAUAUCUCACUUAAGUAAAUAUAAAUCAUUGUCUAUUAUUUAAAGCCAACAAAACAGUAUAACAGUUUUAAGUUCAAUAAUUUUAAGUAUUGUAUAGAAAUAUAUUGGAGGCAAAGUUCAGUUGAAGACAAUUGUGUAUAUGUUACUGAUGCUGUAAAUUAUUUUUAAUAAAGAAAAUUGUAUUAUCACAUAUUUGACUACUCUUGUUAUAAAAUAUUUUGUGGUAGGGCUUCCCUGGUGGCGCAGUGAUUGAGAGUCCGCCUGCCGAUGCGGGGGACAUGGGUUCGUGCCCCGGUCUGGGAGGAUCCCAUGUUCCGCUAGGCCCGUGAGCCAUGGCUGCUGAGCCUGCGCGUCCGGAGCCUGAGCUCCGCAACGGGAGAGGCCACAACAGUGAGAGGCCCACGUACCACACACACAAAAA